UGUGGCUCGAGGUGAGGCAACCAGACUGAUGAAAGAGCUUGCCGAAUGUGAUAAUUCUCAAGAGGACGACCUUGCCUUGGCAAUACACCACCUUGAGCAGCACGUUGAUCUGAUGACCGAGAUCCAGGUGAGCCUGACAAAGCUGUCUGUGCCUGAUGAUACCUCGCAUGUUCAGGAUAUGCAGGAUCAGAUUUUCAAAGCUAAGCGUGUGCUUGCUCGUCUGGAAAGGAGCUCUGAGGUCUCUGUUGGAAGGGCUCAGUGUGUGCCGCCUUACCUGGGGGGAAAGCUGGACCUGAAGCUGCCCAAGUUCUGUGGGGAUGUGGAAAAGUGGUCAGAGUUCUGGAGCCUGUUCUGUGUAUCUGUCCAUGACAACCCUGCUUAUGCACCUGUCGAAAAGCUGGUGCACUUGAAGGCGCACCUCGUCGAUCAGGCAGAGGUGGCUGUGCAGGGUCUUCCCAUCACUGACCAGGGCUACUUGAAGGCUGUGGAGACCCUGAAGGAAAGGUUUGAUCGCCCAGAUUUGUGCAUUAAGGUGCUGAUGCAGAGAUUGUUGUCCACCACCCCUGUGCACAGUGACAAUGACUUGGUCCGCUUGCGCCGCAUGAUUGAUGGGCUGAUUUCUGAGGUCAGGGCGCUGGAGACGAUGAACGUGUUGCCUGACUCAUAUGCUGUCCUGCUGAUGCCUGUGCUAUUGUCGUGCAUCCCUGAGUCAUGGAAGAUUGAGUGGCUGAGAUGCAGUGCUGACUCAUCUGAUGAACUCACAGUCUUCCUGAAGUUUCUGCAGAAGGAGAUGAGCAUCAGGGAGGAGGCAGCUGCUCGGAGGAAGAGGACCACCAGUGAGCAGCUACCUACCGCAGUACCUGGGAAGCCGACAGUCAGCAUGCUGAACGUGAGGCAGAAGAAGGGACCUGACUGGGUAUGUCUGGCAUGCGGAACGGGUAAGCAUGGCCUGGCUGCGUGUUCGGCCUACCGCACCAUGACUGUGCCUGUUCGCUGGGAUGUUGUGCGCCAGGCUAAGCUCUGCUACCAGUGUCUUGGCCCCCAUCUGCUGCGUGCUUGCCACAGCACCCGAUGCCCAUGGUGUGGUGGCCCGCACCACUCGUCAUUGCACCCACCGCCCGGAGAGCAUGCAGCCCUCAUGCCUACUGAGAGAUGUGUACCUGAUCGCGGACAACUGUCACCCCCUGCCGCUGCUGCUGUGUCUGAGAGUCGCAUGCCUGAUCGCAGACCAUUGCCGCCCCCUGCUGCUGCUGGUACUUUUUCUGCCAACCAGGGACGGAUGUGCAUGGGCGUGCGGAGCCAGCAGCACUGCUACGUGCAGACAGCGCUCGUGGAGGUGGCUGGUCCUCGGGGCGUGCGUCUAGUACGCGCGCUGAUUGACGGCGGGGCAGACGCCUCCUUCAUCCGGGCUUCACUGGCUGACCAGCUGGGACUCGAGAAGGUCGGCCAGGGGACCUUCGCGUGCGUCGGAUUCAAGGAGAGAGUUGAGGAGGCUCACCAGUACGACCAAGUAAGCGCGCGGCUCACUGGAUACCAGAAAGGUGAGGCCGAGCUUGUGUUCUGGAGAACUGAUAAGCUGUGUGCGCCCGUGGGAGCUCCACCACCCAUUCAGUCUCUGCCCCCAAGUGUAGAGCUUGCUGAUGACUUCCGUGACGGACCUGUUGAUGUUCUAAUUGGGUGUGAUCAGCUGUACAAGGUGGUGUUGUGGAACCAGGUGGAGGUGAAUCCUGGCCUCCGUCUGGUGGAGACUGUGUUUGGGUAUGUGCUCCAUGGACAGUCUCCAGGCCAGCAGACGACCCGGCAGCGGCACGCCUACCGCUGUCAGCUGGUUGACGUCGAGCGAAUGUGGACGCUGGACGCUGUGGGAGUCGCCGCAGAGGAGACCGCCGAGAGAGACCCACCUGUACCGACUUGGAACGCCACCGAGAACAGGUAUGAGAUGGGGCUAGUAUGGAAGUCCGACCAGCGCCCAGUGUCUAACCUGAUGUUAUCGAAGACCCGGACUCACCGUAUGACAGAGAAGUUGAAUGUUGAACAGUUCCAGGAGUACGAUGACCACCUGCAUCAGCUGCUGGAAGACGCUGUCAUCGAGCCCGCGCUGCCGAGUCCGCCAUCAGAGUUCAUCUUACCGCACCGAGGACUGCACCGCAACGGCAAACUGCGAGUGGUGUUCGAUGGAUCAGCGCCAGACGGUGCAGGUAUGAGCCUGAACUCCUACCUUGAGCCGGGAGAGAACCUGCUGCAUCGUUUACCAGCUGUGCUACUUAACUUCCGUUCAGGAGCCGUGGGUUGUCAGACGGACAUUCGUGCAGCUUUCCAUCAGAUUGUACUCACUGAGGAGGACCGUCAGUUCGUGCAGCUGCUGUGGGCGGGCCAGCGGCUGAGGUUUCGCAGGGUCCCGUUUGGACUCACCUGUUCGCCCUACAUGCUGCUGUGCACUAUCGCUGAGCACGUCCGCCGGUGUCUGCGCGAUGAACCUGUUCUGUUGCAGAAGGUUCAGGAUUCCGUCUACAUGGACGACAUGUGCCCGUCCUUCAGUACGAGGGCGGAGGCAGAGGCCGGACUGACGAAGAUGGGUGACGUCUUCAGCGAGGCCUCCAUGGAUCUUCACAAGACCAGGAUGUCUGGUGACGACACUGAGGACGAGAAGGUGCUCGGCCUACUGUGGAGCACAAGAUCGGAUCGUCUGGCCGUGACCGUGCCACAGGUGCCCUGCCCUGGCACCCGGACUGAGCUGCUAUCUGCUGUGAGUAGACCGUUUGAUCCGCUCGGCGUGGUGACGCCGUGGCUGAUCUGGGGGAAGGCCCUGUUUCAGCGUACCUGGCUUGACGCUGAAUGCACAUGGGAUAGUCCCCUGAGUGGGGAGCUGCAGACCGAGGUCCGAGCCUGGUGGAGAGACUCGCCGGGGAGGGUGAUCUGGUUCCCUCGCCUAGCCGGAGCGCGUGACGAUCAGUCCGGAGCGACUUUUCACGUGUUUUGUGACGCGUCUCGGACCGCCUACUGCGCGGUGGUGUAUGUGGUCCAGGGUGGGGAGCCUGCCCUGGUGAUGUCGAAGAGUAGGCUGGCCCCCCUGUCUCCACAUCUAACGAUCCCCAGGCUGGAGCUGAUGGCCGCUGUUGUUGGAGCCAGGUUGAUGGACUUCAUCAAGAACGCGCUGCAUCUGGAGAGCGCAACAGUCACCUACUGGUCCGACUCGACCGACGUGCUUCACUGGCUCAACCGGAGGCGGCCUCUCAAGAUGUUCGUGGAGAACCGGGUGAAGACUGUGCUUCAGUUGACGACCGCCGACCAGUGGAGCAGGCAGUGAACCGCACCGCGUGGAUUCUUCGUUUCGCGCACAACGCCAGGCACCAGCGCACGGAGAGGAGGAGUGGAGCGCUGUCACCCGAGGAGCGCCGGGAGGCGCUGCGGUUCUGGAUCCGG